AUGGAUAAAGACCAACUCCAGGAACCCAACUCCAUCUGCUCUAGUAUGCUUCGUGAAGAUGCAGUCCUUGUAAAUGAUUCAGAUAAAGAUGCUACCGAAGGCAGAGAUACUUCCGCAACUCUACUUCCAAAAGAUCCCUGUUUUCCUGAAGAUAAACAUGCUACUACCGAAGGCAGAGAUACUUCCGCAACUCUACUUCCCAAAGAUCCCUGUUUUCCUGAAGAUAAAGAUGCUACCAAAGACAGAGAUACUUCCGCAACUGUACUUCCCAAAGAUUCCUGUUUACCUGAAGAUAAAGAUGCUACCAAAGACAGAGAUACUUCUGCAACUGUACUUCCCAAAGAUUCCUGUUUACCUGAAGAUAAAGAUGCUACCAAAGACAGAGAUACUUCUGCAACUGUACUUCUCAAAGAUUACUGUUUACUUGAAGCUUCAAAACAUCUGGUUGGCUCAAAAAGCAAACAGAAACCUUAUUAUGAACUACCACCAGCAUAUGUACUUCCUUACCUGGUUUUAAUCAAGAAUUGUCUUGAUUUGCCAUUUCCCACCAUCAAGAAACAAUGUCUCACAGGAGAAAUACUGUGCAAGAUAGACUCUUUAACACUGAGGCGCAAAAAGAAAAAAUCACCAACUUCACUUGAACUAGCAAAAGUACCAACACUUCAAGAAACAAAAUACGUAACUUUUGAAGGCCUGGAGGACCUACAGUGGAAAUUAUUCAAAGUUACAGUACUGACUUCUGAUAGUCUGAUAUUUAUACCAUCUGAGUAAAACUAAU